GACCAUGGCACAGCAGAGGUCAUGACCUCUGACCUUCAGACCACACUGCCCAUCUGACUGCAGCCCAGGCCAGGCCUUCACCAGUUGUGUUAGAGCAGGGAGAGCAUGUGAAUUAGAGCGACAGGUAAGGAGGGUGAGGGGUGCUGCUGGGACCCCGUGCAUGUGUGGGGCCUGUGCACCCCCUCCCCGCACCGUGCAGAGGUUAUCCAGGGCUGGGGGAAUUAGCAGGAAGAGUGGCCUUAGAUGUGAUUGAAAGCCUGAGGUUGAAUGUUAAAUGGGUGACGAAGGUCUAAGUGCCCAGAGGUUUGGAAGCAUGUGUGUGGUUACAGGUAGAAUUCUUACUGGUGGUUCUAUUAAUAUGCAAGUGGCCUUGAGCUAAUGUCACAUUUCCUUGUCACAACAGCUUGUAAAUUAGCGACCACUGUCACCACAGUAGUGCAGGUAAGCACCCUGACUGGCCUGGGGCACUCGGGCACGAAAGCGCCUCCAGGGUCAGGCGGCUGGACAUGCUGGCCUUCACACAGAGUCACAUCGUGCAGAGCCCAGGCUGCUCAGUCAACACCGUCCUGCACAGUGGAGCUGGGCCAUCCAGGGCACAGGCCAAAGAAGGCAGGUCUGGGCUGGGCCGUCUAGGGCACCGGCCGGGGAAGGCGGGUCUUGGCUGGAAUAUUCUCAUAUUCUGUAUAUUCCUAAUAAUGUUUAACAUGAAAUGCCAAUUUCUCCCAGAUUGAUGUUUUUACUUUUGAUGAUUAGAACUCUUAUUUCAACCAUUUCAAUAAGUACUAAGACCCAGGGCGAGCACAAAGCGGGUAUUUCCAUCACCUCCAGAGAGUAGCAUAGUUUAUGUACUUUUAUCAUUAUUAUUUUGGUCAAGUGUUUAAGAUUUAUUUUUAAUAACAAUCAUGUCCAUGGAAUCAUGGCAUGAACAGAAUCCACAUGUUCCAAAUGCCAUUAUAAAUCAACCCCAUCACCAGGAGCAACACCAUUGCUGGCUAAGGAGACAGUUCCCUGAUAUCAGUUUCUCUGUGGCCUCAAAGAUGGUUUAUGUGCACCUUUUGCAGAGCCCGAGUGCCCAGAAAACAGGAGACACACUCCUUUCAAUUUUAAGGCUCUGCAGUAAUCCUCUUUGUCAUGAGCUCUGACCUCCAUGUCCACAGGGCAUCAUGCUGGCCCUGUGUCUGCCAGGCUGACCCCUGACUGGGCAGCGUCCACCAUGGAGCUGCUCCCACCCUUUGAGGCUGCACAGGGGACAGCUGUGUCCCCCCUCCUCCGGGCAGCCCCCCGAGCCCUGAUUUGUCUUCAGGGUCAUUCUUCACUUUUCUUGAAGGAGAAAAUACAUUCACAGCCACAUUGCCCCAUUUCCCAGUCUGUAGAAACCCAGGAGUCUGACAACCUUGCCUUCUUUUUUUCAUCUCUGUGCCCAUUGGUCCAAUUUAUCAGUGUCUCUGCUGGUGUAAUCCUGUCUUCUUCUGAGAUGAAUGAGGAUUAUCCAAAUCUUCAAGUUCUGAUUCCUUCACCUCUAGUUUAUGUCUCUCCUCUUGCAUUUUACUGUUGGAAGCAAGGAGACAGCACCUCACAUGAUGGAAGCAGAGACAGGAGUCUCCCUGUGAUAUAGACGGGAUGCUGCCUGGGAAGGAGCUCCAGCAAUGUGUGAGGAGUGAACUCGCCAACCUCCAUCCACCUGCAGGGUGAUUGACCCAAGAGAUCACAGCUUAUAGGCUGCCCACACGCAGAUUCCCCGCUGCCUGUCCCAGAACUCUGAUCAAGACUGAAUUUUUCAUCACAGCCUCCAACAGCUUCUGGAUUGACAUUCUUCCUGGAAGUGGUUAUGAGACCUGAUUAUCUUCCCGCAGGAAUAAAACAGGAAUGACAAAGAAAGGUGACUCUCAGGUAGGGAGGAAUGAAAGGGACAAAUUCUAGCAACCCGGCAGGGUUUAUCUUGCUGGGCUUCUCUGAGCAGCCCCGGCUGGAGAAGGUCCUCCUUGUGGCCAUCUCCAUCAUAUAUGUACUGACGCUGGUGGGGAACACAGCCAUCAUCCUGGUCUCUUUCUUGAACCCCAAGCUGCACACGCCCAUGUACUUCUUCCUGUCGAAUCUGUCCUUCCUGGACCUCUGCUUUACAACGAGCAUUGUCCCGCAGAUGCUGGUGAAUCUCAGGGGCCCAGAGAAGACCAUCAGCUACGCGGGCUGUGUGCUCCAGCUCUAUGUGGCGCUGGGGCUGGGCUCCACUGAGUGCAUCCUCCUGACGGUGAUGGCUUAUGACCGCUUCAAUGCCAUCUGCCGCCCCCUGCACUACGGCGUCAUCAUGCACCCCAGGCUGCUCCGGCAGCUUGCAGCUGUGGCCUGGAGCAGUGGUUUUGUGGAGUCCACGCUUCAGACCAUCCUCGUCUUCCAGCUGCCUCUCUGCAACCACCACAGGGUGGAUGAUUUCAUGUGUGAGGAGCCCGCCCUGAUUAAAAUUGCCUGUGUGAACACCACCUUCCUGGAGAACGAGCUCUCCAUAGCCAUCGUCCUCUAUGUGGUCAUACCGCUGGGGCUGAUUCUGGUCUCCUACGGCUGCAUCACCAGGAGUGUGCUGAGAAUCAGGUCCACGGAAGGCAGGAGGAAAGCGUUUGGGACCUGCGGGUCCCACCUGGUGGUUGUGGUUUUGUUCUUCGGGACUAUAAUUUCUGUCUACAUCCAACCCAAGAGCAAGUACACGCAGAACCACAGUAAAUUCCUCACCCUCUUCUAUACUGUAGUGACGCCCUCGCUUAAUCCUCUCAUCUACACGCUGAGAAACAAGGAGGUUAAGUGGGCUCUGAGGAGACUGUUGUGGAGGGACCCACAUCAGGGAGAACCGUGACACGUACUCAGCCAUUCCCCAGGUGCCGAGGACUUACACAUCCCGUGUCUAAGGGUCACGGCUUCGGCUCCGCAGUAAAACAGGUGUGACAUUUCCUUUCAAUGGCGUCCUGAAGUUACUACCCUAAGCCCUUCUUUUCAUCCUCCUUUCCCGAACUGUUAUGUGUCUUUUUCUGGCUAAUUUGUAAAGAUUCUGUGUAUACAUGAACACGUUUAGAGGCAGGAGCAUGUGCACAUGAAUCAUACUUCCAGGAAUCCCGGAGUUAUUGCUCUGGUAACGAACUAUCGCCAUGAGCAGACAGAAGGCAGCUCCAGCUCGUACUGGUCACGAGGUGGGUCUAGCUGAGGUGGGUCUAGCUGAGGACAGGGCUCUGCAGCAGGGGCUGCGUCUGCAGCUCGCCGGCCGGUUAGGGCCCUGCACACCCACAGCUACCUGACAGUUUGUCUUAUCAGGGGUUGUUGAUUCUCACAUAUUCAGCAGGGCGUCUGGGAUUCCAUGCACCCGGGACCAUUCUGAUCUCUCCCAGCCACAGAGAAAGUCUCCAAGGAGAACGACCAACGUGACUGUUUCUCUACUACACGUCUCUUGUUACCACAGAGCAGCCCCCAAUCUCUCGAUUGACCCCUUAGUGCUAUACCUGAAUUGAGGGCAAAUAAACACAAUUUGAAGUAUUGUCAUUAAGUGUGAAUAUUUAAAUCUCCCAAAAGUAGGCAGAUUUAUUUAUAAAUAAAAGUGUUUGUCUUUGCCAUAACAUUCCCUUUCACAGAUAUUGUAAUUUCAUAGAAUUUAUAAAAUUUUUUUCUUCAUAUUGAAUAUGAAGUUUUUAUCUGUUCUGAAAGCACAGCUGAAAAUCUGGGUAAUUUUUAAAGUGUGAAAAUAUUGGCCAUGCUUUCCCUAUAUUCAUAAUAGUUAUCGAUUUAUAAAAUAUUAUCAAAAUCCUUAUUGGCUUUAAUUCUAGAGACUACUUCAACAUACUUACAAUGUGUUAUUGUUUUAUAAAUGUGGUUUUAUAAAAAAAAUAAAUGCUUUUAACAGAGAUUAAUCCUAAGCAAUUAUUUUAAUACAGAUAAGUAACUCUAGCUGAAUAUGGUAAGUUGAAUGGAAUGAUUUAAAAAAAAAUGACCUCAUUGGAGGAAAAAAAACAUGAUCUACUAAGAAGACAUUGACAAGGUGCCUUAGGUGUUGUUUAUACAAACUAGUGCUUCUAUUUCUCUAUUUAUAUGAUAGAAUUUGAUUGACAUUUGAUGGAAAUUGGAUUAAUUGUGGUCAGAGUUAAAUAAAAUAUUUUUAUAGAUGGAUUAGGACAGCCAAAUACCUAAUCAGCAGUAUGAUUACCCAAAUCAUUUAAAAUGUUAUAAUUUCAAAUAGACAAUAAAUGAAAGCCCUAAUAAAAAUGGUAUCCUUAUGUCCCCAAUAAGAUUAAAAAAUUUAAUAUUUUCUAUAUAUUUUCUACAUUUUUAGCAGUCAUACCUAGAGGUAUCCAUGAUUAUCAGUUUGUGUACAUUUAUCCAAAAACAUUUAAAAAUACUUUAAAGUAAAAAUAUAUAGAUAUUAAUGGUUUUAAAUUUACAUAAAUAAUAUUAAACUACAUGUAUCACACUAGUUUAAGAACUAGUUACAAAGAUAUUCAGAUUAUUUAAUCAUAUGCAUGUAUCUCAUUUUAUUAAGAAUAUUUAUAUUGUCUCAAGUUUUUUACUCUUUCCAACCAUGCUGCAAUAAACGUUCUUGUGUGUAGAUGCCAGCUUUUACCUACUUUUGUGGGAAUGAUUCUGUGUGGUCAAUAACUACAUGUGGAAGCCUUCAGGUAAAGGAGAUGCCCAUUAGAAACUACAGAAAUCCACUGACAUGGCAAAGAUUUCCUCAGGGAACCAUAUUGAUUCACAACCCCACCUUGACUGUAUGAGAACCUCAUUGCUUAUCCUCCAUUCAACCCACGAUGUAGCCAGAUUUGAAUGCCAGAAACUGUGCCCAGCUAAAAUGCUGCAAGUACCCAUUGCUUCUGCAUGCAACUGUUGAGAAGAUUGCAUUGUUUUUCUCCUAUUAUAAUCUAUUACAUACUUCCUGUGUCAAUAGAUUUUCUACCUUGAAAUAAUAUCUGUGUUCCUGGAAUAAGCUGGCUUUGUCUGUGAUAUAUUGUUUUUAGAAUAUUCCUUCUAUAUUCAAAAUGUCUUUUGAGAAUUUUUAUAAAAAUUAUGUAAAAUGUAAAACUGUAUUUGAGUUUAUAAUGGAGAUUGGUUGGGGCGCCUGGGUGGCGCAG